UGGACCUGCGCCGGUGGCCAUCUUGCCGUGAGACAGCAGGAGUCGGGCGCGAUGCUUGCCAUGGCUGCUGACCGAAACCUCAGCCGAGAGCUGGUAAUGGGGCCUCAGGGCUCCACCGGCCCCACGCAACUGCGGUUCUCUCCUUACGCCUUCAAUGGAGGUACUGUAUUGGCUAUUGCUGGAGAAGAUUUUUCCAUUGUUGCUUCAGACACUCGGUUGAGUGAAGGAUUUUCAAUUCAUACCCGAGAUAGCCCCAAAUGUUAUAAACUAACAGACAAAACAGUCAUUGGCUGCAGUGGUUUUCAUGGAGAUUGUCUUACUCUGACGAAGAUUAUUGAAGCAAGAUUAAAGAUGUACAAGCACUCCAAUAACAAGGCCAUGACAACCGGGGCAAUUGCUGCAAUGCUUUCUACCAUCCUGUACUCACGGCGCUUCUUCCCGUACUAUGUCUACAACAUCAUCGGGGGACUCGAUGAAGAAGGAAAGGGAGCUGUGUAUAGCUUUGACCCAGUGGGCUCCUACCAGAGAGACUCCUUCAAGGCUGGGGGCUCAGCAAGUGCCAUGCUGCAGCCUCUGCUUGACAACCAGGUUGGUUUCAAAAAUAUGCAGAAUGUGGACCACGUGCCCCUGUCUCUGGACAGAGCUAUGCGGCUGGUGAAGGAUGUCUUUAUUUCUGCAGCUGAGAGGGACGUGUACACUGGCGAUGCCCUCAGGAUCUGUAUUGUGACCAAGGAGGGCAUCAGGGAGGAGACUGUUCCCCUCCGGAAAGACUGAUUGUCAGCCGUGUAUUGGAGCUGUAUACAAGCUUGUGUUUAUUAAAAAGAAGCAUGAAAAGUGCUCGUUUUCUUACAGUGUCUUCUCUAGGUGUGACAAAUUGGGAAGAAUUUCUUCCUUUGUGGCUGAAGAGAUGACUCAUCAGUUCAGAAAGUGUGGCUCUUGCAGAAGACCUAAGUUUGAUUCCCAGCACCCACCUGUAACUCCAGUUCCAAGGGAUACAGUGCCCUCCUCUGUCCUCAGUAGGCAGUACAUAUAUAAUGAAAAAUAAAAUCUUCAGUAAAAGAA